AUGGCCGUCUCGAUGCUUCACACGCCCUCACGCACAUCCACCUCCUCUGGCUCCUCCUCCGUCCCGGUGACGAGGCAGAACACCAUGAGCUCACAAGAAGGGUCGCGCUCCAUGCGCGCCUCCAAGCGCUACUCCGUGACCGCCCUCUACCUCUCCAUGAAUGCGAACCAGCGCGAUCUCGAGAUCGAAGACGACCUAGCAAGAGCUCAGAAGUCACUGAGGGAUCUCAAGUCCAAGAUAUCAUCGCAGUCGAAGAAGAACUUUGUGCUGGAGAAGGACGUGCGGUAUCUCGAUUCUCGAAUCGCGUUGCUUGUGCAGAAUCGCAUGGCAAUGGAAGAGAAAGAAGAAGUCGCGAGUCACCUCGACGACUCAUUGGACCUUUCUGAAGGUUCGUUUCCGAACGACGAGAAGACCCAGAAGUACGGCAACCUGCUGUUCCUACUACAAAGCGAGCCCAGACAUAUCGCGCAUCUGUGCCGACUGGUGACCAUGGCCGAAAUCGAUCAAUUACUCCAGACAGUCAUGUUUACAAUCUACGGGAACCAGUACGAGAGCAGGGAAGAGCACUUGCUUUUGACUAUGUUCCAAUCUGUUUUGACCUUCCAAUUCGACAACACCCCAGACUAUUCAUCGCUCUUACGAGCAAACACCCCAGUAUCACGAAUGAUGACCACAUACACACGACGAGGCCCAGGACAGAGCUACCUGAAGACAGUGCUUGCAGAAAGGAUCAACUCGUUGAUCGAGAUUAAGGACCUGGACCUGGAGAUCAAUCCAUUGAAGGUAUACGAGAGCAUGAUUGGGAAGAUUGAAGCAGAUGGCGGUUCUCUACCAGCCAACCUGCCCAAAGGAAUCACCGCAGAACAAGCGGCGGCAAACGAGAAUGUCCAGCGGAUCAUUGCGCCGCGAAUAGACAUGCUCAUUGAGAUUGCCAAUUCAUUCCUGGACACGAUCAUUGAUGGCCUGGACGAGACCCCAUACGGUAUCCGCUGGAUUUGCAAGCAGAUUCGAAGUUUGACACGAAGAAAGUACCCAGAUGCCCAGGAGCAGACGAUUUGCACGCUCAUAGGUGGAUUCUUCUUCCUUCGUUUCAUCAACCCGGCCAUUGUGACACCCAGGUCGUACAUGCUCAUUGAGCAAACACCGGCCGAGAACCCCAAACGAACCCUGACAUACGUCGCGAAGAUGCUGCAGAAUCUGGCCAACAAGCCGAGCUAUGCCAAGGAGCCGUACAUGCAGAAGUUGCAGCCAUUCAUCCAACAAAACAAGGAGCGCAUCAACAAAUUCAUGAUGGAUCUUUGCGAGGUACAGGACUUUUACGAAACUCUCGAAAUGGACAACUAUGUGGCGCUAUCAAAGAAGGAUCUGGAGCUCUCCAUUACCCUCAAUGAAGUGUAUGCGAUGCACGCAUUGCUAGACAAGCACGCGACGGAACUAUCCAAAGACGAAAGUACACAUCUGAGUCAGCUGCUUGGUGAGCUGGGACCAGCACCAGCGCAGCUUCCGAGAAAGGACAACAGGGCCAUCAGUUUACCUCUGUACAGCAAGUGGGAGCAAUCGCUGGACGACUUCACUGCGGCGCUGGACAUCACUCAGGAGGAAGUCUAUUUCAUGGAGGCCAAGUCAACGUUUGUGAUGAUCAUGCGAUCUUUGCCGGCAAACUCAGUGAUGAUGCGCCGACCACUUCGCCUCGACAGAGUAGCGGAAGCAGCUGCAACGACCAAGAAUGACUCAGUCAUGGUUCGCAAGGGGAUCAGGGCGAUGGAGCUUUUGAACCAACUGCAAGAACUUGGCAUCAUCGACAAGGAUGAUAGUUAUGCAUUGCUCAGGGAUGAGGUUGAGCAGGAGUUGGUCCAUCUCGGAUCACUUAAGGAGAAGGUGGUGGCCGAAACGCAGAAGCUGGAUGAGGUCUUCCGGACCAUUCGCGAUCACAACACCUAUCUCGUCGGCCAGCUCGAAACCUACAAGAGCUACCUACACAACGUGCGAGGUCAAUCAGAAGGCACUUCGAAACGCGGGCAAUCAGCCAAAGUGCUAGGACCAUACAAAUUCACACACCAAGAACUGGAGAAACAGGGCGUGAUACAGAAAAGCAACGUGCCAGAGAACCGCCGAGCCAACAUCUAUUUCAACAUUACGAGUCCCAGCCCUGGAACAUUCGUCAUCAGUCUGCAUUAUAAAGGGCGUAACCGCGGUCUGCUGGAGCUGGAUCUGAAGCUGGACGAUCUUCUUGAGAUGCAAAAGGAGCAACAAGAGGAUCUGGACCUCGAAUACGUGCAGUUCAACGUGUCGAAGGUACUGCAGCUGUUGAACCGGCGGUUUGCGCGGAAACGCACAUGGUGA